AUGGACUCGACUCCGGUCCUCCACCAAGGUUGGGGCUACGGCCUCAUGAUUGGUCUAGGUGUUAUGUUCGCUGGAUUCAUGAUUGUCAUCACAUGGGCUCUCAAGAGAUACAACUAUGAACUACAGACAUCAGAAAUGUUCACAACCGCAGGACGGUCACUGAAGUCUGGGCUUGUCGCAUCAUCAGUCCUAUCAACCUGGACAUGGGCGGCAACCUUGUUACAAAGCACUGCUGUCGCGUACAAAUACGGCGUUUCUGGCCCUGUUUGGUACGCUUCUGGAGCGACAGUCCAAAUCAUUCUUUUUGCCACGGUAGCGAUUGAGCUGAAAAGGCGUGCGCCCAACGCUCACACUUUCCUCGAAGUCAUCAAGGCUAGAUACGGCCCCGCCACUCACUGUGUCUACAUCGUCUUCUGUUGUUUCUGCAAUAUUCUGGGUAUGGUCAACGGCUACCUCUGGAGUUCUCCGACUAAUUGGAAACUAGUGACCGCCAUGCUGCUUACUGGAGGUUCUGCCGUCAUUCAGAACCUCACGGGAGCACCAGUCGCUGCCUCGGUGUUUCUGUUUCCCAUCGGCGUUGUCGUGUACACUCUCUUCGGCGGUAUCAAGGCAACUUUCAUCACAGACUACAUCAACGGUCUGGUGAUCAUCGUCAUCAUCUUCGUCUUCGCUUUCGCCGUUUACUCGACGAACGAGAUUCUCGGCUCACCCGGUCGCGUCUGGGAAAUCCUCACCGAAUUGGCUGCUGAGCGUCCCCAGGCCGGCAACGCCGGGGGCAGCUAUCUGACCAUGAGGUCUCAGGGUGGAGUUGAGUUCUUCAUCAUCAAUCUCUGUGGAAACUUUGGUACCGUGUUCCUGGACAACGGAUACUACAACAAGGCCAUCGCUGCCUCUCCCGUCGAUGCCCUCCCAGGGUACGUCAUGGGCGGCGUGAGUUGGUUCGCUGUCCCGUGGCUUACAGCGACGACCAUGGGACUUGCAGGCCUGGCGCUUGAGAGAUAUGACAUCUGGCCAUCUUACCCCAACAGAAUGGCAUCCGCCGAUGUUGAUGCCGGCUUGGUCCUGCCGACAGUUGCCGUCGCUCUAUUGGGUAAAGGAGGCGCUGUUGCGACUCUAAUUCUCGCCUUCAUGGCUAUCAUGAGUACCUACUCAUCCGAACUCAUCGCGGUUUCCUCGAUCUGCACCUACGACAUCUACAAGACCUACUUCAACCCCUCCGCCACAGGAAAGCAGCUCAUGCGCAUCAACUACAUCGGCAUGGGCGUUUUCGCUCUCGUGAUGGCUGGCUUGGCAACAGGAUUCAACUACAUCGGUAUUUCGAUGGGGUACCUGUACCUCAUGAUGGGCGUCAUCAUCUCUUCCGCGGUCCUCCCUGCGACACUCACCCUGUUGUGGGCUGGACAAUCCUGGGCCGCCGCGACAUUCAGCCCCAUCAUUGGAUUCGUCCUGUCAAUGACGGCUUGGCUUGUGACCACCAAGAUCAAGUACGGCGAGCUCAGUGUCGAGUCGACGGGUGCGAACACACCGAUGCUUGCCGGAAACCUGACCUCACUUCUCGCACCGGUCGUCUUCAUUCCGCUCCUAACUUUUAUCCCUCCUUUCAGGCCCCAGAAUUACGACUGGCAGAGUAUGCUGAACAUCAGCCAGGGAGACGACCAUGACCUUACGGAUGCCGCGAAUAUGGAUGUGGAAAAUGUCCCCAGAGAGAGGACUGAGACUCUUAGUGUCGACGGCGAUGCGGAUGAGAAGAUGAAGCUGGACCGUGCUGCCAAAAUUGCUCGUUGGCUGACCGUUGGAGUGACGUUAAUUCUUCUGAUUCUUUGGCCGAUGCCAUUGUAUGGCAGCGGCUAUGUCUUCAGCAAGCCUUUCUUCACCGGAUGGGUUGUGGUUGGCAUCACAUGGCUCUUUGCGUCUGUCAUCAUGGUCGUCUUUCUGCCUAUUUUUGAGUCGCGAUCCACUGUGGUUCGUACGACGCGCAUGAUGUUCAAGGAUCUCUUAGGGAUGCGGGGCGGAAAGGCUAUUAGUGAGGGCCGUUCUCCCGGCUCAAGCACACCGCCCGAAGUUACGGAAAAAGCAGACACCAAGGCCUAA